GACUCAUUCUUACACCAUCAUAUGUUUCAUCACCUCUCAGCAACAUUGUUUACGUUUUUCAUCUUAUAAAUAUUACUUAAUCCUCUUUAAAUGAUUCAAGUUUUGUUGUGAUAUUUUAUGAAUUUUUCGCCCUAUUUUAAUUUUUUAAUUUGAGCAUUAUUCCCACAGCAUUUUUAAUGAUUUUGUCACAUUUCAAUUGAUGUCGAUUCCUCUGACGUCUCAUGGCUAAUCACCAGGAAGUUGGAGCUUUGGUUGAAAAGUUAACCACAAGUGGAAGGAAAGAUCUUGACCCAGAGGCAUGGAAUAAGUUGAAAUUAAUAUGUAAAGAAGAAGGUGACUCUGUUAUUGAGCAAAUAUUUCAUAUGUUAAUAUUUCAAUCAUCUCGUAAGCAUUCGCAAAUACGUUAUUGCUCUUUAUUGUUGAUUGAUGAGCUGUUCAAAAGAUCACAUCGAUUCCGCACUCUGCUUCUUCGCCAUGAUAACUUGAAUAGCUUCAUUGAAACAACUCUUGGUGUUAAUGAAGAUAAGCCGUUACCUCCACCUAAAGCUUGGGCUAAAGAAUUAAAGAAAAAAUCCAUAGAAUGCAUUGAUUGUUGGCAUGAUAAAUUUAAGGACGGCUAUGCAUCACUGAGAAGCUUAUACACUCACUAUUCUCAAAACUGUAUCAACUUUCGUCAAAGAGAAAUAGUCCAACAAAACGAGAGAGUGGCCCAAGAAGCAGAAAGAGAGAGAGAAGUGGUCUCAUUGAAAAGAGAAAUGGAUAUUGUGAAUGAACAAUUCAGUCAAAUCAAAGAAUCUUGUGAAUCACAUUUAGCUCAAAUAUUGAAUUGUUUCCAGUUGCUUUAUCCUGGUAUCCAAAAAGAAGAUAUUUUUAGUGAGGAGGACCUUUCAGAAGUUUCAACUCAUUUAACAGUCACUAGAUCUGACGUUCCUGUUGUAGUUCGUCCAUAUAUCGAGAUCGUUAAAAAUUCCGAGAAUGAAGAUUUAAUCCAGAAUUUAAAAGACGUUUACCAUGAUAUUGUGUCUUCCUCAUUACCAAAAAUUAAAUCAUCUCUCAAAGAAAUGGCCAAGGGACCUGAGUUUUGCAAGAACGAAAUGAAACAAGCAAUCGAUCUUAAAAACCAACUCAUGACUGCCAUUCAAAAGUUUAUUGAACUUAAAAUAGUUAAGAAAGACGAACAAGAUCAAAAUGAAGUUAAUGGUGAUAGUUCAAGAGAGAAUAGUAAAGAAGGUGAUGAUAGUUCUAGUGAAGAGGAUGAGGAAUUUGAAGAAGUUGAGGACAAGGAAGGAUUAGAGACAAUUAUUCCCCAACAUCGUCGCAAAGAGUACGGUCUCGAUGAAGACUUACCAACUGAUCAACCUUGUUCUUCUCGAAGCCUUUCUGGUCCCAUGUGUAAAGCUCCCUUACGGAAUGGUAAACUAUGUCCUAGAAGAGAUGCCCGAAAAUGUCCAUUUCAUGGAUUAAUAAUUCCUCGUGAUGAAGUGGGUCAGCCUCUUAAUGAGGAAGACAAACUAAGAGAAACCAAAGAAAAACAGUCCGAUGUUCCUGACUGGCAAGAUCCAGAGUAUUUAAAAGAUCUGGAAGCACAAAUUGGUAUUGAUUUGACAGUCAAUAAAAAAGGAAAGGGUAAAUCCAAGAGCAAAGUGAAAAUUAAAGCUUUGCAAGAUAUCAAAACCUGUGAUGAUACUCCAAGGAAGAGACUGAAGAAGAAAAUAUUCAACAAAGAUGCUCAAGAACGUUUGGCUCGUGAUUUAGAUUCCAUUGAUGAUAGACGUUCUCUCCAAUUUGAAGAUCAAUGGUCCUAUGCAUUAAAUAGUUGAUUUAAAUUAAUUUAAAUAAUAUACAUAGAAUAUUUAUUGAAAUAAUUUUAACCUUCUAUGAAGGGAGAAAAUCAUUGAAUUUUUUUAAGUUACAAUAAAUAUGAACUUAAACCUUA